GCAAGCACUGGUGUGUGCACUAGUUCAGCUACAGAAAACAGAUCUUUUAGAAAUCGUAAUUACCGAACAUCAAAUUUGUAAGAAUACGGUACAAUCAGAAGUAACCGAGAAUAUAUUUUUUCGAAUAGUACAGCACAUAUGCAGAAUCGAUGAAAACCGUGUUUUUUUUGUGGAAAGUAUUACUUCCUACAAGGCCCAUGAUUAUUAAUAAAAUGAUAUCCCCUAUCAUUCACAUGGAAAUGUUGGAUUCAUCUGAUGAAGAUGAAAAUAUUAAUGCGUUACCUCCAUUAGGGACAUUCUUACUUGAAGAUAAUAAUAGAUAUGAAGAAUUACAAAUAUUAUAUCCUCUAUUUGGAUUUGUGCAACGAAUAGAACACAUAAAAGUGCAAAAUUAUAUUGAAAGAAUUGUGUAUAGUUAUGAUAAUGUGGAUUUUAUAAUGCAUUUUAGAUUGUCAAGGACAGUGGUAUAUGAAUUGAUACAUUUAUUUGAAAUAUCAGAUAUAUUUACAAGUAUGCAAGAUCGUGGGGAAUGUUUAAAGAUAACAGCGGAAAAACAUAUAUUGUGUUUUUUAUGGUUCGUCGGACAUGAAGCUGGGUCCUAUCGGGAUAUAGCUGACCGAUUUGGAAUUGCCAUUAGUACCUUGUAUAACAUAAUUACGAGAGUCACAGAAUUUAUCAUGACGUUGGCACCUAACGUAAUAAGGUAUCAAACAUCAGAGGAAAAAAAAGAAACUGCAAAUUACUUUCUUCAACAAAAAGGAUUUUCUAAUGUCAUUGGUGCUCUAGAUGGUUCUCAUAUCAGAAUCGACAAACCAGUGGAAGAUGCCGAUUCUUACAUUAAUCGUUCUGUCCAUGAUGCUCGAGUAUUUAAAAAUUUAUCAUUAUAUAAUGACUUACGUGAAAUAUGUGGAGGUUUGUUCAAAUUGGAAAAUAAGUAAGACAAAAGAAAUGACAAAGCUAAAAAUUGGUAUUACAAUGUUAUUAAUAUUGUUCUAGAUAGAUACUAUUUCUUAGGAGAUAGUGCAUAUCCUUGUUUAUUACAAGUAAUCGUUCCGUAUAAAGACAAUGGACACUUAACACGAAAACAAAGAAUUUUUAACCAAAAAUUAAACUCGUGCAGAGUUAUUAUCGAAAAUUCAUUUGCCAUUUUAAAACAACGGUUUCGCCAACUCUAUCAUUUCAAGUUAAGAGAUAUUCCACGUAUGGUACGUGUUAUACACGCAUGUUGUGUUUUACAUAAUUUAGCUAACAUGAAAGAUUUAGAAUUGUUCCAAGCACCUAUACACGAUGAGGAACCAGAUGUACAAGCACAAAAUCAAUAUAUGUAUAACAAUGAAGCAGUAAGACAAUAUGAAACAGGCACAGACA